GGAGGAGGAGGCGCAGGAGGCGCAGCCUGCAGAACUUCCCUCCCGUCGUGUGUUUGCACUUUGCAGUCGGAUCUUUGCGCACGUUCGGAGUGAGUCUGUGUCGGAGUUUGUUGUGAACCAACCUGCGAUUCGGAGCACGGCUGUGUGAAAAGCAUGAAAACCAACCCGUGAGAGCAGAGGAAGGACUGGAGCGCACCGCCGAGCUGAAGGGCCAUCAAUAAAAAACUAUGUGCAGCUCCGUGAGCCACAAGCAGCCCGGCAGCCCUGGCCUGACAGACAUGCAACAGUACCACCAGUGGCUGGCCAGUCGACAUGAAGCCAGCCUGCUACCCAUGAAGGAAGACUUGGCCCUGUGGCUCACAAAUAUUCUUGGUGUGGAAAUCACAGGCGAGAGCUUCAUGGACCGAUUAGACAACGGUUACUUGUUGUGCCAGCUGGCUGAGACACUGCAGGAGAAGUUUAGGCAGAGCAUUGGAGACCUGUCUGCUCCUGGACACAACAAGAAUAUUCCCAGUCGGAGGAUACCAUGUCGGCAGAGCGCCCCCUCUGGCUCUUUCUUUGCACGGGACAACACAGCUAACUUCCUGGCUUGGUGCCGUAAGGUUGGGGUUGGAGAAACCUGCUUAUUUGAGUCUGAAGACUUGGCAGCAGCUGCAUCAACCCAAGUUCUACAUAAGCAGCCUCGAGAAGUGUGCCUCUGUCUUUUAGAGUUGGGACGGAUAGCAUCACGGUACAACGUGGAGCCUCCAGGGCUCAUAAAACUGGAGAAAGAGAUUGAACAAGAAGAGAAAGCACCUGAACCACCUCCGUCCCCUGUAUCACCGAUUCAGCCUCUUCCUCCGUCUCCUUCCCCAUCCCCCAUCCCCACCAAAUUCAUCUCUAGCAAAAAAAGUACAGGGAAGCUACUGGAUGAUGCUGUCAGACAGAUAACUGAGGUGCCGCCCUGCAAGUGUCACAGUAAGUUCUGUGUCGAGAGACAUUCACAGGGUCGAUACCGCGUCGGAGAGAAGAUGCUCUUCAUCCGCAUGCUGCACAACAAGCACGUGAUGGUGCGUGUUGGUGGAGGCUGGGAGACCUUCGAGAGCUACUUACUGAAACACGACCCGUGCCGCAUGCUCCAAAUCUCCCGUGUGGAAGGCAAAACGUCACCCACCAAAUCUCCCAACAUCAAAGACCUCGCCUCUGACAGCUACCUGGUGGUCACAGCGGCGCAUUACCGCAACAAAAAAUGAAUACGUCACUGUCUUAAAAGUGCAUUUAACAGGGUGAUGGUGGAGGAAAUCUUUUUGCUUACAUUUGAUCAAUGAAGGUUGUUUUUAAUCAUGUGUUUAUCUGGAUUUAAAGCGCAAUAAAAGUUUUAUGAUUUUCAUGAAACUUGGUGGAAUGAUCGUGCCUGUGAAGAACACUAAUGUUGGUAAAAGCAAUAACUUGUACGAAAAUAUUUAGUUUCUCCAGUUACUUAUGGCCUCUAAAAAAGGGCUAUGUGUAAAAUGGCUUUUUAACUUCUAUAUGAUUAAUUCCAUAUUUUUGUUAAUCAUGUUGAACUACA